AUGCAGCGGCCAGGGGGAGGGCCGGGGGUGAUAGCAGCAUCCCAGGGCGUGCAGCAGACAGGGGGACGACCGGGGGUACUAGCAAGACCCGAGGGCGUGCAGCAGGCAGGGGGGCAGCCGGGGGUGAUAGCAAUACCCCAGGACGUGCGGCAGGCAAGGGAAGGAUCACCCCAGUGCGUGCAUCAUCCAGGGGGGAAGGACGUUCAUCAGUCGGGGGGACAGCUGGGGGCGGGCACUGCAUCCCAUGGCGUGCAGCAGACGCUGGGGUGGCCGGGAGAGGUCACAUCACCUCAGGCUGCGCAGCAGCCAGGGGGGCAGCUGGGGGUCACUGCUCCACCCUGCGGCGUGCAAAGGGGGCAGCCGGGGGAGGUAGCAACACCCAGAGGCAGGCGGCAGACGAGGGGGCGGCCAGGGGCGACAACAACACUCCGGGACGUGCAACAUACAGUGGGCCAACCGGGGGGGAUGGUAGCACCCCAGGGUGCGCAGCAGCGAGGAGGGUUGCCGGGGGUGAUAGUAGGGGACUAUGAUAUGCAGCAGCUGGGAGGGCAGCCAGGGGUGGCCGCAGCAGACCAGGUCGUGCAGUGGCAAGGAGGGGGGUGUGAACAGGGUACCGAAUCCCCGCGGCAGUUGGUGACGUUCGACACCCCCAUGGCGGCAGUAGAGGUGGCAGUGGCAUCGGAUGAGCUGCCUCCUCCGCUUCCCCGCUACCCAUGCGAUGUGUGCUUUCACACAUUUGCUACUCGAGGGGCGGCUACGAGCCAAAUGACAGCGUGUCGAGCAGCUGAGGCAGAGAGGCAUGCAUAUGCGCUUGGCUUAAUUCCUUCCCUCGCAGAAGAUGGCACACAGGAGAGACCGACAGUGAGGGAAAUCUAG